AUGAGGGCCGGGGCUCCUGCUGCUUCCCUGCGUGAGGCUUGCACGUUGUCUUCCAGUUUUCUCCACCCUUACGAGCUGCAGUCUCGCGAGACAUCGCUGUCAACCAUUGUAGUAUCUGUAACUUCUCCGAUUUUCUCGCGGCCAACGUUCCCCCCGUCGGGUCUUCUUUCUACCUCGCCGUCGUUUUUCUCUUUCUUCCCCUCCUCCUCUCGGUCGAGGUUUCUGUCUUCUUUCUCCUCUCCACGUUCCCAAGCGCCUUCUUCUUCUUCUUCUUGUUCUUCUUCUUUUCAGCCUUUUCUCCUUUCUUCGUCUCCUCAAUCGGCUGUCGCUUCGCCUCGUUCUCUCUUGGCUUCCUCUCCACUCCUCGCCUCGCCGCCUCGCCGGGUGCCUCGUCUCGCUGUUCUCUACGCUGUCCAUAGGCGUUUCUCUGCUCCCGCCUGCAGCUCAGACAGCGUAGGCCCCGGCGAGUCAGAGAGGACCUCCUCUCCCGCAACCGCUGCGACGCAGGGCGAGUUGCCUAGCACAUGCAGCGCAGCGUGCAAGGAUGACGAGCUGCAACGAGAGCCGACGGAGGUACUGCAGAGACUCGCGUCUCUCCCGGUGGCGGAGCUCUUCGCGCUGGCGUCCAGAGCGGGGCGAGAGACAAGGGGAGAAGUGAGAAGCGGCGCAAGCGCGAGGAGAAAGGAGGAUCAGCGUAGCAGUCGCAGCCACACUGGAGUGGAAAGUCUGGUUUUGCCCUCCAGAGGGGAGGAAGAGGCGAGAGAGGAGACGUCUGCAACGCGCCAGAUGCCGACGCUUCUCUCUUCGCCGAGGCUUCCACUCGCGCUGGGGUUGGGAGACGAGUCUCCCUGCGGAGAGUGGGUGUCGCCGAAUGACAUGGUUUCUGCGUUGUCCCUCUGGGAAGCAGGCGAGGCUUGGCAGUUCAAGACAGCGAAAAUUCUUGACUCUUUCGAAGGGGAGACCCCAGAAGGGGAGGGAUGCGGCGCACAGGAAGAGGACAGCCGCAUGCAAGCUGGUGCGACUCCCGGUGAACGUGGAGGGGCGGUCGACGAAGGUGUGGAGCUUGCCUCUUCUUUCUUCUCUGCGUCUGAAGAUCUCAGGGAAGCACGAUACGAGAGCGAUGCAGGGACGAGGAAGAGAACGCAUACAGGAAGGCAUGAUUCAUUAUUGUUCGAAGCUCAGCUCGAUGAGUCAAGACCGGAGGCAGACAGGAGAGCAGGAAGGGAUGCAACAGACAAUGGCACUUUCAAGGAAGAAGAAGGAGCAUUCCUGCGAUCUCCUCAAGGAUCGCCUGUCGCACAGCCUGUAGUGGGACGACAGCGAAAGCGGACACUCACUCACGCCUCUCCACCUUCUUCUCCGUCGUCUGUUUUCUCUCCUGCUUCUUCCUCAACGUCAUCAUCAGCGUCUACCGCUUCGCCUGCCUCUUCUUCGUCGGAGACUUCUGGACUCUCGCCUCUGGAGCAGCUUCGACUCGCCAGACCGCAGAGGGAAUUCGCAGCAACUGAUCAAAUCCUCCGCCUCCAGGCGCUGGUCGCCCACCCUCCAGGCCCGGCUGCCGACGAUGGCUCUUCUUCUGCGCAGAGAGCGUUGUUGUGGCGCCGAGCAACUCGACGCCUCACGGACGAGACGACGGCUGCCCUGUCGCCUGCCGCACUCCUGCAGACCGUCAGGGCCUUGGCUGCUGGGCGCAACGCAGGACUCCUGCCCCCCUCGCCUACGCAACUCGUGCUGCUGUUGAACGCAUGCACCGAAAAACUCAUCUACUGGACAUUGGCAGACCAGCUCGUGAUUCUCAAUGCACUCUCGGCUCUGCUCCUCCCGCCCACACCGGCCUGUCUGCCGCCUUCGGCGCCCUGGGCGUCUUCGGCGCUGUCUCCAAAUGUCUCCGUUCCGUCUUGGGAGUGUCUCUCGCGGUCGCGGCUGCCUACCGGCCCAUCCCUAGGGCGAGACUGGGGCGGCGGCGCGUUGGGGCCUGCCGCCGCAGUGGCUCUCGAAACGCUGCUUCAGCGUCUCUUGGCAGUUCGAGAGAGUUUGAGAGUUUCAGACCUCACGGCGACUCUGCAUGUCUACGCGCGUCUGGGGCUGCUGUCUCCGCAGGCGGCACUGGGAUUUAUGGACGCCUUGUAUCAGCGACUGUUGGCAGCUCAAGCGAGACAGCAGCGCCUCGAGCGUCACGGACGCAUCGCGGCUGGAGCCGGAGAUUCGAAUCGAGCAGACCAAGCAAACACCCAUGGAACUGAGCAGGCGAGAAGUCCCCGAGACAGCCCUGGACUCGGCGUCUCCCCAGGUCACGCAUCCGACAGGGAUUCAGGAGAGCGACAGCCAGGCGCGACCGUGCAUGCAGCCGCCUGUGCGCCGGCGAGGCGAGCUUCUCGGAGGCAGGUCAAUCCUCUUCUCGCCUCUCCCUCAUUCUCUCUCUCUGAUCCCCUCGCCGCUGCCAUGGUAGCUCUUCUGCGUCUCGCAGACUCUGUCUCGACUCUGUUAGGCGACGAUGAGAAAAGGUUGUGCCCCGCCGAAGCCCUGCUGAGAGACCAGCUGCAGCGGCGACACGCCCACCGCAUGCAGCAAAAAAAGGCCGCGGGACUCUCGGCUGCAUGCGCAUGCACGGGAAGCCAAAACCGGCGGUGCCCGGUGCCUGCAGGCCAGGAAGCAAAUCCCAGACAGAGCGAAGCGAGAGAGGCGGACACAGAGUUUUCUGCGGAUGGAGAGGAGCAGCCGAGCCGAGGAGGGACCAGCGAAGAGAAUGGACACCGAGGAGACCGUGGCGGACUUGGAAGGCGAGACCAGCAAGACGCUGUUUCGGACAUAAAGAGGACAACCACCUGGGAUCCGGAAAGGAUUGAGAAGGCGUUAGAGCUCCCGUUACACGAAAGAGGAACUGAGCAACGAGCGUCUCAAAAAGCGAGAGAUCCUGGGGCUUCCAAUGCGGACGUGCACUCCGCAUGCGGCCCCGCUGUCUCGCCGCAAUCUCUGCGGCUCAUGGCGCGUCUCCUUCAGCACUUGGUGGAGGCGCUGCUCGCAGAGUUCAGUCGAGAAAAAGGGCGUUUUGAGGCCGCAUGCAAGCAUCGCGAGUCAUCGAAUUCCACGUCUCAGAAGGCAUCGGAAGCCGCUGCUGUGCGCCGUCAAAAUGAAAACUUGAAAGGCUCCCGCGCCUCUCUCCACCCGCUCUUUGUGACACGCCUUCUUCGUGCGUUGACGCUCCUGGACUUCCACGCCUUUUCCAUGUAUUCCCCAGCUCAGAUUCGUCUCUCGCAGCGUUUGUUUGAACAGCUCUUUGCCUUAUUACGAAUUGACGACCUUUUGUCUCUAGACGACCUUGACGGGGGCAUGGGAGCCUCUGCCGCGGUCGAGAUCGUUUUUGCUUUGGCAGUGCAAAAGAGGCUGUUUGAGCGGGCAGAAGGUUUCGGCUUAUAUUCGACGAAGGGCAAAGCAGGGCCGGGUCACCCAGGCACUGGACGGGAAGGAGCAGGAACCCCGCGAGCUGAACGUGGAGAGGAGGAGAAUGGAGACAGACGGAGAGCGUCCGAAGGUCUCGACGGGAAGGCACUAACCGUCUCAAGUGGCGAAGGACAGAAGAAACAGGAAGAAGCGAAGAGGAAGGUGGAUCGAAAUGAGACUGAGACGAAGAGAGAGAACAUGGACAAGGACGGGCUUAGUCCAAGGAGCGAAAGAGGAGAGAGGAAAAGAAGAAGUGACACAGACGGCUUUUUCUUCGACGAAAUUAAAGACGAAGUUCUCCCACGUCUCGUCACGGUCGCCGUCAGGCACGGAAGAACUCUCAGCGUUCACCAGCAUGCAGUGCUGCUUGAAGCACUUAGUUUGCAUUUGGGAUUCCGACACGACUUCCUCCUCGACUCUCUUCGGUGCUCUGCCCUUGCGGCAGCGACAGGGGCUCUCGGCAUUUCUUCCUCUUCUUCCUCUUCUUCGUCUUCUUCGUCUUCGUCUUCUUCUCUCUCGGUUCACGGAGGGAGGCACAGGGUUCCUGGUGCCUCGCUCUUCGCGGCUGCUUGGUCGACUUUCCGGGUGUUCUGCGCGCUCCUCAGACAACAUCCCCUCAUUGCGUUUCCUGUUCUCUUUGAGGGUCACAGAGUUUUCUCAGCAGCUACAGAGGUCCUGGCGUCUUUCUGGACCUCUCUGUCGUGUUCGUCUUCGUCUCCUGGGGAUUCGAGGAACAGGCCUACGUCCCCUGGAUUCGUGUCAACAAGCGACGAGACCGAGGCGGCACAAAUGCAUCUGCUUUUCCUUCUUACUUCCAGCCUUCUUCCUCAUCUCCGCAAACAGCCCCCAGCGUCUUCUCCUCCGUCUCACGGAUCGGUAAAAGCUCUCUCUGCCUCCUGUUUAUCUCCUUCCUCUGUCGAGCCAGACUUGCAUGCACGCGGGUCGGGUGGACGCGAGGAGCGACAGUCGGCAAGCGCCAAUUACCAGAACGAAACGGAAGUCUUUGGAGAAAGAGAAGAACGAAACAUGCACUUGAAAGCAAGCACAAGUGAACAUCAAAAGACAAGGAAGAAAACGAGAGACGCUGAUUCGUCCUCUCCUCGCCGGAAGGACUCGCUGAGACUGCGUCCACUUUGGGUGUACGUCCACCCGAACUUGAGCGACUUUGACAAGGCGCCUCUCUGCUUUCUCGAAGGGCCGAUUCGCGAUAAAAAGGCAUGUCUGCCCCUCCUUUUAAACCAAGUAGCCAACGAGACUGAGGGUCUUCUCAAAGCGGCAACAGCGACAGUGACCCAAGAGAAGAGGUAG